GAAAAGGCUCCUUGCCAAUCUGAUCACAUCAGUUGCUUUCCAAGGGUAAAUUCAAGCUGCUGUCAAUGGAGAAUACCACCGAGGUGACAGAGUUCAUCCUCUUGGGAUUAACAGAUGAUCCCAGUCUUCAGGUUCCCCUCCUCCUGGUGUUUUUGUUCAUCUACCUCUUCACUCUGAUUGGGAAUGGGGGGAUGAUGGUGGUCAUCCACUCGGACCCCCACCUCCACACUCCCAUGUACUUCUUCCUCAGUAACCUGUCCUUUGUGGACCUGGGGUACUCAUCAGCCGUAGCCCCUAAGACAGUGGCUGCAUUGCAGUCAGGGAACAAAGUCAUCUCCUACAAUGGCUGUGCUGCUCAGUUAUUUUUCUUUGUGGGUUUUGCCACUGUCGAGUGCUACCUCCUGGCCUCCAUGGCCUACGACCGCCAGGCGGCGAUCUGCAGGCCUCUUCAUUACACCAGCACCAUGACGACAGGUGUGUGCGCCCUCCUGACAGUCGGCUCCUACCUCUGUGGCUUUCUCAACGCGUCCAUCCACUCCGCAGAUACCUUUAGGCUUUCCUUCUGUGGUGCUAAUGAGAUUAAUCAUUUUUUCUGUGACAUCCCCCCACUCCUGGCUCUCUCAUGCUCCAACGCACACAUCAGCAAGUUGGUUGUCAUCUGUGUCGUUGGCUUCAAUGUCUUUUUCACCCUCCUGGUCAUCCUCAUCUCUUACCUCUUCAUAUACAUCACCAUUCAAAGGAUGCGUUCUGCUGAAGGGCGGAAGAAAGCCUUUUCCACCUGUGCAUCCCAUCUCACAGCAGUGUCCAUCUUCUAUGGCUCGGUCAUCUUUAUGUACUUGCAGCCUGGCUCCAACAAGUCUACGGACAAAAUAGCAUCUGUGUUCUACACUGUGGUGAUUCCCAUGCUGAACCCCUUGAUCUAUAGCCUUAGGAACAAAGAAGUGAAAAAUGCUGUCUGGAAAAUACUCAACAAACUUUAUUCCCAGUCUUCAGGUGCGAGAAGGAAGUAG